AAAGAACAAUUUUGUUUACAUACAUGCUGUUACUUGUGUGUUCGAUGAGAAACUGUCUGCUGAUUAUUGAUUCACGUGGGAAGAUGACAUCAUGACAUGUGUUGAUUGACUUGUGUCUGCGUCACCAUUCAACCAUGACAGAACAUGCAGUCUGCUUGUGGGUGAAGGCCGAGCCUUUCAGCUAUGGAGCAUUUCCCAUAGCACCUCACCCUAGACUCACAUUUAGUAAUAUCAAGAAAAUUGUUAUAUAUGCCAAAAAUAAGGGACACUUGGGCUUUCCAAGGAUAAAUUAUUCGGUGUGGCGUCACAUUGCCUGCAACAAACUGCACCUGACAGAAGACCUGGCCUGGAUGUAUUUCUCGACAUGUCAUCUGUUCUGUGAAGACCUAUCUGCUAUGGAGAGAAUUGAGAGGGACCAGGAAAUGGCUGCUUGCUCUAGUCAACCAGACCGAGUAAGAUGGCCAACAGUGCGUUCUAGUUCUCCGGACCUGGACGGGACAGGAAGGUCAACUCCACGAGGAAAUAAGACACUGGAUGACCACAGUCAUAUGGUUUUUGUACAGAACCAUAUCCAUGAAAUUCUGGAACUCCUGGUGGAGCCGGAUGUUCUGAGUAGCGUGGGUCCUGGUGACCAGGCUGUUAGUCUGGUGGCUCUGGAGGCACUUGGAUUUCUCGUCGCUGGAUCUGUGGAUAAGUGCAAGUCUCUGUUGCCCAUACAAGAUAUAGCCCUGCUUCAAACUGUACAACACCGCACUGGAUACUCUAAG